UUGCAAGUCUUCAUACCAAUAACAAUACAAAGAAAUACAUUUUAAAAUGGUGGACAGCAAUGAUUUUCGUAAAUGGGGUAAACAGAUGGUGGACUAUGUGGCUGACUAUUUAGACAAUGUUGAAAAGCGCCCACCACUGUCGAAAGUUGAACCUGGAUAUCUUGAGAAAUUAAUUCCUUCAUCGGCACCAGACAAGCCUGAUAGAUGGGAAGAUGUACUGGGUGAUGUUGAGCGAGUCAUAAUGCCAGGGAUAAGUCACUGGCAUAAUCCAAACUUCCAUGCGUAUUUUGCCACUGCCAAUUCAUAUCCCGGAAUUUUGGCUGAUAUCCUAUCAGACGCUAUUGGCUGCAUUGGAUUCACAUGGAUUGCAAGUCCUGCUUGUACAGAAUUAGAGAUCGUCAUGAUGGAUUGGUUGGCAAAGAUGUUACGAUUACCAACAGAUUUUAUCGUUAGUGAAGGAGGAUCUGGGGGUGGGGUCAUCCAGGGCACAGCGAGUGAAGCAACGUUAGUUUCUCUACUAGCUGCUAAGACAAAACACAUUAUAAGAUGCAAGUCAGAGAAUACUGAAAUGGACAACUAUGACAUAAUGUCAAAAUUAGUAGCGUAUACAUCAGAUCAGUCGCAUUCAUCAGUAGAGCGAGCUGGUUUGAUAGCUUGUGUCAGAAUGAGACUAUUAAAAUCAGAUGAUAAAUACUCGCUGAGAGGUGAUGUAUUAAAAGAAGCCAUACAAAAAGACAAGGCAAAAGGGCUGAUACCUUUUUUUGUUUGUGCAACUCUUGGGACUACGCCGAGCUGUGCCUUUGACAACCUCAAAGAAAUCGGUGCUGUUUGCGAGGAAGAGGAUGUAUGGCUGCAUAUAGAUGCAGCGUACGCUGGUAGUGCUUUUAUAUGUCCAGAAUUCAGACAUUAUUUGGACGGUGUAGAGUUUGCUAAAUCUUUUAACUUCAAUCCCCAUAAAUGGUUGAGAGUAAACUUUGACUGUUCGGCUUUAUGGAUAAAAGACCGUGCUGAUAUCACAGAUGCAUUCAACGUUGACCCACUCUAUCUCAAACAUGAAAAACAAACUGAGGUUACAGACUUUAGACACUGGCAGAUACCACUUGGACGAAGAUUUCGAUCGCUCAAACUGUGGUUUGUCUUACGAUUGUUUGGUGUUAAAUACCUUCAGGAAUACAUCAGAACGCAUGUGAAGUUAGCUCAUGAAUUUGAAGCACUUGUUAAAAGUGAUCCACGAUUUGAAAUCGUCACCGAGGUCAUAAUGGGAUUGGUGUGUUUUCGACUCAAGGGCACUAAUGAAAUCAACGAAAAGCUGCUGAAAACAAUUAAUGAAGAUGGUCGAAUUCAUAUUGUGCCCGCAAACCUGCGCGAUACAUACAUACUGCGAUUCGCUAUUGUUGCCGCUAACACAAGUUCUAAUGAUAUCACCUUUGCCUGGGAAGUCAUCUUAGAAUUAGCUGAGAAAGUAUUGCAUGAAUGUAAUCACUUUCUGUAA